AUGACGGCGUUAGGACGGGAGACUCUGGUCUGGUUAAAGAAAGGCCUGUCCUGGAUGUUUAAAGCAGUACAACUCUUGAUGGCCAUGCGCAUGAAAUCUUGGAUGGAAGCAGUUUCUACAAGCUGCCACUGCAGCCUCCUCAAAGACCACCUCCUGUUGGAACCCUGUUUCGACUGCCACUCCCUACUCCACACCCUAAGGGGCCCCCAGGACAACGACCCCCUGUCAGCAGGAAGUAGCCAAAAUGAGAUCGACGCCUUGGGUCCCUACAAUAGUAGGGAGCUGGUGACCAUUAUCCCGAACUUCAGCCUGGACAAGAUCUACCUCAUCGGGGGGGACCUGGGGCCGUUCCACCCCGGCCUGCCCGUGGACGUGCCGCUGUGGCUGGCGCUGAACCUGAAGCAGAGACAGAAGUGCCGCCUGCUGGCCCCCGCCUGGAUGGACGCGGAGAAGUUGGAGAAGAUGCGGGAUCAUGAACGAAAGGAAGAAACGUUUACCCCCAUGCCCAGCCCUUACUACAUGGAGCUCACCACACUCCUGCUGAAUCAUGCCUCGGACAACAUCCCGAAAGCAGAUGAGAUCCGGACCCUGGUCAAGGACAUGUGGGACACGCGAAUAGCCAAGCUCCGGGUGUCUGCCGACAGCUUUGUGAGACAGCAGGAGGCGCAUGCCAAGCUGGAUAACUUGACCUUGAUGGAGAUCAACACCAGCGGGGCGUUCCUCACUCAGGCGCUCAACCACAUGUACAAGCUCCGCACCAACCUGCAGCCUUCGGAGAGUGCGCAGUCGCAGGACUUCUAGGGAAGGCCUGGGGCGUCGCGGGUCUCGCGUGUGGUGCUGGGGGCUUUGGGCUCCUGUGUGCUCGGCCCAGGACAGAGGUGCUCGCCUGUAGUUACCCAGCGCGUGGACAGCACGUAGUGACGCGAGGGGCAGCUUCCCGACACGGGUGCAGCAGCAGCAGAUUAGUCACUGGUCCUCCACACUCGGCUCCCCGGGACGUUAUUCCCAAACCGUCUGGAAGGUGGCUUUUCCCUUACGGAGGAAAGAACAAGGCUUCACGUGAGUGAAGUGCGAGGUCCUGCGGGGCACUGUCCCAGAGGUAGGUAGCCA